CUCAUAUUUCCAGUGAUUCGCGGACUGGACGGUUGUCUUGGAACUCGCGAUCGAAAAUGUGGUUCGUAUUGUAUAUUUUUCUGGCCCUGCCACUGCUGCUGGUUGCCUAUCUGGAGUUGAGCACAUUCCGGCGGAGAAGAGUGCUUAACAAGUUCAACGGCCCCCGCGGCCUGCCACUGAUGGGAAACGCUCAUCAAAUGGGCAAGAAUCCGUCAGAAAUACUCGACACGGUUUUCUCCUGGUGGCAUCAGUAUGGAAAAGACAACUUCGUCUUUUGGAUUGGAACGUAUUCUAAUGUAUUGGUCACCAGCUCCAAGUACCUUGAAUUCAUACUCAGCAGUCAGACGCUGAUCACAAAGUCCGACAUUUAUCAACUAACACACCCCUGGCUGGGAUUGGGUCUCCUCACCAGUACUGGCAGCAAAUGGCACAAACACCGCAAGAUGAUCACCCCAGCCUUCCAUUUCAACAUUCUGCAGGACUUCCACGAGGUCAUGAACGAGAACUCCACCAAGUUUAUCAAGCACUUGAAGACGGUCGCCGCCGGGGACAAUAUCUUCGACUUCCAGGACCAGGCCCACUAUCUGACCCUGGAUGUUAUUUGCGACACAGCGAUGGGUGUGUCCAUCAAUGCCAUGGAAAACCGCAGCUCUUCCAUUGUACAGGCUUUCAAAGAUAUGUGCUACAACAUCAAUAUGAGAGCCUUCCAUCCGCUGAAGCGCAAUGAACUGCUGUACCGAUUUGCUCCGGACUACCCGGCCUACAGCAGGACUCUGAAGACCCUCCAGGACUUUACCAACGAGAUCAUCGCUAAGCGCAUUGAAGCCCACAAAUCGGGUGCAGUUUCGACCAGUACGGGAGAUGAGUUCACUCGCAAGAAAAUGGCCUUUUUGGACACCCUGCUGUCCUCCACUAUCGAUGGUCGUCCCCUGAACUCCAAGGAGCUGUACGAAGAGGUCUCCACAUUUAUGUUUGAAGGACAUGAUACUACCACUUCUGGAGUGUCGUUCGCUGUCUAUUUGCUUUCUAGACAUCAAGAUGAACAGCUCAAACUAUUUAAGGAGCAACGCGAGGUGAUGGGUGAUUCCGAACUGGGUCGCGAUGCCACCUUCCAGGAAAUAUCCCAAAUGAAGUACUUGGAUCUCUUUAUCAAGGAGGCCCAGCGUGUUUAUCCCAGCGUGCCCUUCAUUGGACGAUAUACAGAGAAGGACUAUGUUAUAGAUGGAGAUCUCGUACCCAAGGGCACCACACUGAACUUAGGUCUCGUGAUGCUGGGUUAUAACGAAAAGGUGUUCAAGGAUCCCCACAAGUUCCGACCUGAGCGCUUUGAGCUGGAGAAACCAGGACCUUUUGAGUAUGUACCCUUCAGCGCUGGACCCCGAAACUGCAUUGGUCAGAAGUUCGCCCUGCUGGAGAUCAAGACGGUGGUAUCCAAGAUCAUUAGGAACUUUGAGGUGCUUCCUGCUCUGGAUGAGCUUGUCUCUAAGGAUGGCUAUAUAAACACCACUAUCGGACUUCCUGAUGCCGAGAGGAAGAAGCGCGAUCCAUACCGUCACAAAUACGACCCGAUUCUUUCCGCUGUGCUGACCCUGAAAUCCGAAAAUGGUCUAUACAUUCGACUGAAGGAAAGGCACUAAAGUGUCAAUUUAUUGAUCUCUGUUAAGUUUGGUGCUUGAAUUUUGCAUGCCUGGGCUUGUUUAGGUGUGCCGUCCCCACAAAUACAAUUAUUAGGGAGUUGUUAAUCACUUCGUCUCAAAGAACACAUACAACUUUUUAAACGAA